AUGAAAGCGAAGAGGAGGAAUCAUUGGAGAGUGACAGUGGGGGCUCAGAGGGUGCAAUACCUGAGUUGGAUCAUAGUUGGAAGCAGCUCGUCAGAAGGCGCCGUCGUGGAGGUGGAGGAGGCAGAGCUGAGCAAAGCACAGAAAAGGCGUGAGCGCCAACGUGCCAACCGCGCAGCUGCAGCCCAAAGAAAAGAUUUGCAGCGUGAGAAGAUUGCCAAGGAGCAGUUCCUACGUGAAACGGCUCAGGGAUUCACAGAGAGGCAGAUGCCGUUUGGAACCAACAGCAUCAAAUUGCAACGAACGAAAGAGCAAACCGACUCAAGCGAAAGACUUUGCUGA